CGGGCUACAUAGGCGUUCAGUGCCGGGGCAAGGUGCACUGCUCGUUUCCGGUGCUGGACGGGCCCGGGAUCAUGCUGAUCUCCAUCAGCGGGCUGGAGCACACGGCCCGCGUGCUCACGCUGUGCAAGCCGGGCUACACGUGGCGCAGCGGACAGCACUCGCGCGUCUGCCAGGCCAACGGCUCCUGGUCGGGCGUAGCCGCCAUCUGCAGCCAGCCCAGGCCCGACGAGGCGCAGCCCUGCUUGGCCGGGCGGACAAACACCACUAGAGGAACGUUCGACUGGCACCAGACGUCCGUUGGCGUAAAUCGCACCCUGCCGUGCCCGAUUGUGCUCGCCGGACAGGCGCCAAAGUACGCGUAUCGUUCCUGCCUCGGCCCGGCUACGUGGUCGGCCAUACGCCUGCAAGACUGUCCCUACCUGAGCGAGCGUACGCGCGGCAUCAAUCUGCUCAGCGAGGUGGCGGGAAAGUCGUUACGCAACGCCACGUCGACCAAUUCCAUCCUGACGAUCGUGGACAACAUAACGGUGCUGAUCAACGACGAUGCGGACCUUAGCAACGACGAGCUCGGUCUGCUCUCCACGAUCCUGGACGAUGUGGUGGAGAGCACAGUGCAGGUGAUUAACUCGCAGACGCAGCAGGCGAGCGACUUUGCUCAAGUGGACCGCAUCCUCUCCUCCUUCCUGAACGUGGUCAGUCGCGUUGCCAGCGACAAUCAUCAUGACGACUCGAGCGCCACCGGAUCGGGGAUGCCGCCGCAGACAACGCCAGGAGCGGGCGAGCCAGACGCAAGCAUCUCGCAGGUCAGGAUAGCCGUCUCACUGACCAAGCUCGUGCAGUCCGUCCCCAUAGCGCAGAACCAGGAGUUGAUACGCAUGGCGGACAAUGUCGGUGUGGCGGCCGUGUGUCCCGAAGAUAUGUCUGGCUACUCGGUAACCGUGGACGACGGUGUGGGCAAUAGCAACGGUAGCGAGGCCGCAAACUCCACAUCGAGCACGCCACAGUCUCCGAGCAUUUCGGUGCGCAUCCGACGGGUUCAACAAGAUCCUGAGCUUCACAUGAACGGCACGACGGCGAAAUCCACCAAGCUAAUGCUGUCGAUCCCGGCCGAAGCGGUCGAUAUUGCCAGCAGAUACAUCGGGACCACCACCGUCACCGCCAAUGGGUCAGCAAGCACUGCGUGCAAGCGCGCCACGGCUAGCUUUGUCAUGUUCUUCAAAUCGCAGCUGUUCCCGAGCACGACGUCCGACGGCGACGUGCUAGCCUCGAAGGUGAUAGCCGCCAAGGUCGGCACCCUCGCCAACGUGAACCUGUCCUCGUCUAGCGUCGUCAUGGUUUUGCCAGUCGACCAGUCGCUGAUGAGCCGCGUCAACAGCUCCUGGACGGCCACGUGCGCUUUCUGGGACACACGCCGGGCCAGCUGGAGCUCCGCCGGCUGCCGCCUGCUGUCGUUCUACGCGACGAACAACGGGAGCGGCGCAGCGGCCCAGUGCAGCUGCAAUCACAUGACCAACUUUGCGCUGCUGGUUCGUCCACCGCAGGCAACCACUCCUGGCAGCGGCGGCAACGACGGCGAUGACAAUGGCGUCGCCGACAGGAGCCAGGCACGGCACACGCACGCCCUGUCGACCUUGACCAUGUUCGGCUGCGGCAUGUCGUCGUUGUGUCUCUGCUUCACCAUCUUCAUCAUCGUCAGCAACCGCGACCUGCGCAUACGUCAGCGUCAGCAGCUUACACUCGGCAUGUCCGUAGCACUUCUCUCCGUUAUGAUUCUGUUUGCCUCGUCUGAGUCGGCCGUGGGCAGCAAGCACUCGUGCCGCGCCGUGGCCUCCCUGCUCCACUACUCUCUCCUGUCGCUGUUCUGCUGGAUGGGAGCGCAGGCCACACUACUCUACAAGCAACUCGUGCGCGUGUUUGACACCGUGUCGGAGAAGUUCACACGGAUCUCGGUGCUCGCAUCCGCCCUGGGCCCGCUGCUCGUCGUCGCGGCAACCGCUAUAUCCACCAGCAUGCAGGCGUACACAAACCGAGCCGGCCUCUGUUUCAUCUCCACGGAUAUGGUGUUCUACGUGACGUUCUUCGGCCCCAUGGUGCUCAUGGUCGUGUACAACACGCUGAUCAUCGCCCGCGUCAUCGGCAUCGUUAUGUCGACCGGCAAUGCCGUGCAGCGGGAGAAAGGAGAGAGUGGCGGAGUCGGGCAGACAAUGUUCUACGUGCGCAUCGUCACGUCGCUAUCGGUUCUGGUCGGCGUGACGUGGCUGCUCGGGCUGCUGGUGGCGUUUGUCGACUCUGUGGCGCUGCAGUACCUGUUCUGCGUUGUCAACUCGUUCCAGGGCUGCGCCGUGUUCUACUUUUACACGCUCACGGCGAAGGAAGUGCACGAGGCGCUGCGACGCAAUCCCCGCUUUGCCCUGCUCAAGCCGCUCCUGGGCUGCCAGGAUCGCCGACAACGACUGUCGGCAGUGCCGCUGUCAGCGGUAACCACCUCCACUAACUCCACCAGCGGCGGUAGUGGGAACAACAACAACAACAACACCGCAAGCAGCAGUCGAGCGCAGAAUGCCGCAGCGGACACCAAGGCAGCAGUAGCAGCAGCGCAAGGUGAGGAGGACCGUCCGACCACGGCGAGCACGUCGUGCACUUCGGCCAACAUCUUCCUGCCGCACGACCACACUCCCGUCAUCAGCGACCGUUCGAGCGACACGUCAAUCGGUGCCAAUGCCGCCAGCGGCUCCAACCAUCUAGGCUUGCUCAACAUUGACGAAUGCGGCGACGGCUGCAAUCGCAAAUGCAGCACGUCCUCCGCCAACACGUUCGUAGAUCAGGGUACGUCAGAAGGUGGCGCAACACCGCCUUCGUCUUCGGGCUCCGCCACGCGUAUAGCGGGCACGGGCACGCCCAACCAGCUGAGUCCCAAGAAGAACGCGUUGACUCCGGUUGCAUCCGCCGGUUCGGGCGCUGGCAACGAGGACGGUGACAUUGGCGCAGCGGGAGCGUCGCCGCCACCUCACUCUCCUAGCGUGUACGAUGCUCUGGCGCCCAUCCGCAAGGCGAUGAUGGCGCAGCGAAAGGCGAGCGGCAGCCAGGGCAGUGAGUCGAGCCCGGUGAGCCAACGAGACUCCCCCGUUGCGCAGCCGCGACCCACCGCCUCCGUCACCGUGGCACUGCAGUUCUCGCUACAACCACUGCCGACAGAAGACCUGGGAUCGGCGGCGGCAACGACGGCAGGGGAAUCCGACGACAGCGGAUUCAGACGCAAGCCGCUGGCCGCUCAGCACCGCGUCGCCUCGCUGCAGUCACCCAACUCCGUCGGUCCGCCCGUGCACAAGCCGUCGCACAUUCAAACGCUCCCCUCGCAGCUGAGCAUGAACGGCGAGAUGCUGGCAAAGUACGCCGCGUCGCGCGCCACCCACCAGUCCCUUGACUGUGAGUCUCCGACGGUGCAGUCCAAGGGCUCGCUUCAUCACAUCGUGCAGCCCCUGCAUCGCAUCACCAACAACGCCAAGACCAAGCUGGGCAACGCCGUCCUGUCCAGCCUGGAGAGCUGCAAGUCGAUGGGUGCCAGCGUCGGCGCCAGCGUGGGCUCCACUCGCAGUACCCCCAUGCAGUACUACAACCCACUGCUGGACAACGAGGACCUGGCGAUGUCGCCGUGAUCCCGUCCCCGUGUCGUAAUGAUGUCCCCACAGUGACGUCGUGAUGAUGCCACCAGUAAACCCCCCCGGCCAUGACGUCAUGAUGAUGUCACCGUUAUCCCUGCCAUGACGUCAUUGUGUCGUUGUGAUCCCGUCGGGACGUCGUCGUCGUCGUGAUGCAAUCAGAUAUGUGUGUGUGUGUGUGUGUGUGUGUGUACAUGUGUGUGUGUGUGAGUAGAAGUGUGUGUGUGUGUGUUCCACUGCCAGCUUGUCUACUUAUCAUGUGCCGGCUUUGGAUGCUUGGCUUGCUAGCAUCUCACGGGUCACAAUACAAUGGCAGCUGGGCUCGGCGUAGCCUUAGCAACACGACAGCGCCGUCCCCUGGACUUUCAUGCAUAUGAUUAUGAUGUCGGUGGGCUAGCUGCUUGCAAGCGUGUGCACAUUCGUUUUGUGUGUGUGUGUGUGUGUUUGUGUGUGUGUGUGUGUCAAUAUGAGUAUAUUUUCCCCGUUUGCCCUAGUUUUCCAUCCGACUUCGGUACUUACCGUUUGCUGCUUUCGCCGUUUUCUCAAUGGGAGUGCGUCCUUGUUGAGGAAGCUAUCCCCCAGCUGUUAUGCCCUCUUACAUUUUGUUACUCUUUCCCCCUUGGCAGGAACAUGUGUGCAUAUGAUUGCACGGAUGUGUGUGUGUGUGUCCCCUCCCUCUGCUUGAACGCCAAUUCCUGCAGCAAACGUACAUUAUGGAUGAUCUAUUUUUUUACUCCAAUGAGCAAGAGGUGUGCAUGCUCGCAGUGUCAAAUCAUGCUGAAUAAUGCACCCGGUUGCGCGCUUGCAAACAUGCACGUGCACACACACACACACACACACACACACACGACCACUGUUUUGCUGCUUCUUGCGCCAUGCAAAUUACCCGCCUCUUGUUAUAGACGCCUCUUCAUUCCUUCCAACCUAAACUUUUUAUCCAUGAUUUCAGCUAGUUUUGUUAUAUUCUAUUUCGACAAUUCAUCAUUAUUUUUUCAUGAUGGCGAUAUCACAGUCCUUAUGUUUUCCGGCAUGACUGUCUUUUUAAUUAGUCAUUACCUUUGUUCGAACCUAAUGAAGUGCUUUCGUAGGAUCGUUUUUU